UGUGGUAUGUCGAAUCGCUGGUAGAUUCGGCGGUCCUCAGAGACGUCUUAGCUCUAACAUAACUCGCUGAUCCACUCGGAGCCUUGGAACGAACGGACGAACUACCUAUCGCAGCGAGAGAAAAAGGGGAUUAGAAAGUAGAGGAAGGAGACGAACAAGAGGUGGAAAUGUCGGAGAGGAAGGCCGCCGAGUCUUCAGGCCCAGCACGACACUCGCAUUCUGUCCCUGCAGCGUCUUUCCGUGCGUCAAGCUAAGCUACCUAUUCUGUACCCUUUUUAUUUUACCAUUACCUUCCUUGUCUCCCUUACUAAGCUCUCAUCGCUUCCUUUUCCCCUUCUGCUUUUCUACCACUACAGCAAGCAAAGCAAGACAAAGCAAGCCGCGACUUUACGCGAAACAAUUAAGCCGAGGUUCCAUCCGUGCGAAAAGCAAAGAAAAAAAAAUUUCAAUUGCAUUUUACAAGCUAUCUAGAACUACCUUUUCGCAUUGAGAUGCCAAUUUCUAUUUCCUGGGCUAGAUGUUGUUGCUCGUUCGCAGCCGGAAUCCCGACUAAUGAAUCGCAUUGUAGCGACACACAAUUCCCCGCGAACAUGGUUCCUCACCUCGUCCCUGACCCCUCUGGCGGUGCGACUGAUUCGGCAAUUGCUCACCCAUGGUGAUUACGUCGUCGCCUGUCUGCCGCCGCAGGAGAUCGAGCACGACGAUCGCAGCGCCGAGUUCCGUGAGCUGGUCAACGAGUGUAAGAGCAAUCGAAAGGACCGCGAGGGGUGGAAGGAUCGCAUUCGGAGUAUACGUUGCGAUGGCCGCGUCAUGGGCCAAUGUAGCGCUGCUGUCGCCGAGGCCAAGCAUGUUUUUGGUCGCAUAGAUAUUUUAUUGUGCUGCACUUCUGAAGCUAUCGUUGGAACAGUAGAGGAACUAUCUACAUCACCAGCGACACAGAAUCUAGUACGCGAUCAAUUCGAGACUAUAUUCUUUUCUCAAGUGAACUUCAUCAAAGCUUCACUUCCGACAUUUCGCGCACAACAUACAGGUCACAUCAUGAUCCUCACUAGCAUCGGGGGCCACAUAGGCACACCCGGAAUGCCCAUAUACACAGCAGCGACCUGGGCGCUUGAGGGGUUUUGCGACUCACUGGCAUAUGAAGUGGCACCCUUCAACAUCAAAGUAACCAUCGUGCAGCCGCACAAGGAGAUCCAAUCUCUAACUAACAAAAUUAUCCUCUCGCCGUCGUUGCCAUAUUAUGAUAGCGAGAAUAACCCAGCGCCUAGCGUUAGGGAUAUGCUUACGAAUGUACUAAAUUUGAAUCCGGAAACGGCUGUCGAGCCCUCGGAUACGGAAAUUAUUCAGAGAUACCCGAAACUACCGUCUUCUUCUAUGGACCGGUUAGUGGGUGAAACGGUGUAUGCACUUACUGCAAUUGGUGGGCACGAGAACCCGCCAGCGCGCCAUAUCGUGGGAUUUGAGGGCGCUGAGGCUGUGAAGGAGAAAUUGAAGACCGUGACUGAAGAGUUGGAGGAUUUCGUUGAAUCGAGUAUCGCGGUCGAUAUUUUCGAGUCAGAGUUGAAGAGUGAAGCUACGCAAGGGAAUAAAGUAAAGCCCGAGGGAAAACCUGAAGGAACUGGAGGUCCGGCGAGUACUACAUCAACGUAGUAAAAUUGUAUAUAGAGGGUUUGAUAUCAUGGAUAUAACGAUGUUAAUGAAUAGCGUUGAUUUUUGUUUUCCAUCUUAUACCAUAUUUUCGCAUUUCAAGACUGAAAAUGCCAACAAGGUUAGGGGGGCACCUUAGGGACUAGAGCUACUAAGUUAGGGGUGAAGAGCGCUCAAUUGAGCUCUAGCUCUAAGAUUGUAGUAUCUAGCGGGGGAUACCUGCGUUUCAAGUUGUAAAGCACCAAAAUUUUGCAAUUUAAUCCUUUUCGUAUAGAGAUACUGAUACUUCACUCUGGAACCUGUAGUAUAGUGCUUUUCAAAUUAGAUUAAUGUUGAACUGUCG